CUCUCUCUCUUCCUAUGUGAACGCACAUCGUGCCUGAGCACAACUUCACCGACUGCAACUUUUUCUCUCUCUCUCUCUCUCUGUCUCUCUUCCAGUUUUAUUAUUUGUUUUUAUUCUAUUCACAUUUUUUCUUCAACGCAACCACAACAUGUGGAAAUCUGUGGUGGGUCACAAUGUGAAUGUGAAGGUGCAGUCUGAGGGAGACGACUGGGAAACAGAUCCAGAUUUUGAGAAUGAUGUUUCGGAGCAGGAACAGAGGUGGGGAUCAAAAACCAUCGAAGGAUCAGGACGCAAAGAGCACAUCAGUGUGGCUGAGCUCAGACAGAAGGUGUCUAAGGAGCAUGAAGUCGUGAAGAAGAAGGAGCAGGAGGAAGGUCCGAAAGCUUCGUAUGGAUACGGCGGCAAAUUCGGCGUGGAGAAAGACAGGAUGGAUAAGGAUGCAGUGGGGCACAGCUAUGUAGCACAAGUGACUCAGCACUCGUCCCAAACAGACGCAUCGAAGGGUUUUGGAGGGAAAUUCGGCGUACAGAAGGACCGUGUAGACCAGUCGGCUUUGGGUUAUGGGUAUAAAGGAGAAGUUGAGCAACACGCCUCUCAGAAAGAUUACUCUAAAGGCUUUGGAGGGAAGUUUGGAGUGCAGAAGGAGAGAGUGGAUAAAGCGGCUCUGGGUUACGAUUAUAAAGGAGAAACUGAGAAACACGAGUCGCAGAAAGAUUACUCUAAAGGCUUUGGAGGGAAGUUUGGAGUGCAGAAGGAGAGAGUGGAUAAAGCGGCUCUGGGUUACGAUUAUAAAGGAGAAACUGAGAAACACGAGUCACAGAAAGAUUACUCUAAAGGCUUUGGAGGGAAGUUUGGAGUGCAGAAGGAGAGAGUGGAUAAAGCGGCUCUGGGUUACGAUUAUAAAGGAGAAACUGAGAAACACGAGUCACAGAAAGACUAUGCUAAAGGUUUUGGAGGACGCUACGGUGUACAGGCCGACCGCAUGGAUAAGAGCGCAGCCUCCUUCAGUGAAAUGGAGUCUCCCACAUCGUCCUACGAGAAAACUCAAGCUCUCGAGGCCUCGAGCUCAGGAGCCGGAAACCUGAAGUCCCGCUUUGAGAACAUGGCAAAGACAGCGGAGGAGGAGAACAGGAAGCGAGCGGAGGAGGAGCGAGUGAGGAGACAAGCUCGAGAAAAGAGAGAAAAAGAGGAGGCACAGAAGAGACAAGAGGUGAAACGCUGUGAGUAUGAGGAGGAGCAACGGAGGCCUCCUGUCAUCCCUGAAGCUGUGAAACCGUCACAGGACUUUAGACCACUUCCUGAAAUUCCCAGAGACUCUCCUGAUCCUGUAACUCAGGUGGAUGAUGAGCAGCCUGAUAAUGACUACGACGAGCCGCCGUCACUGCCCCCCCGAUCUGAUGACCUGUUAGAGGAAGACAACUCUGCUCCUCCUCCUCUUCCUCACAGAGCCAUCGAUGAAGCAGACUACGAGGACCUCGACUCCACUCGUUACACCGCGGAAGACGACUCUACGCCUCCUCCUCUUCCUCACAGAGACAUCGAUGAAGGAGAGUACGAGGACCUCGAAUCAGCUCAUUACACCGGGCAAGACAACUCUGCUCCUCCUCCUCUUCCUCACAGAGACAUCGAUGAAGCAGACUACGAGGACCUCGACUCCGCUCAUUACACCGCUGCUGAGAAUGAUUAUGAAGAUAUAAACACCGGCAGCCAAUCAGCCCGGGCUCUGUACGACUAUCAGGGCGAGGCGGAUGACGAGCUCUCCUUCGUGCCUGAUGACAUCAUCACUAACAUCGAGAUGGUGGACGAGGGCUGGUGGAAGGGAAGCUGUAACGGCCGCUCAGGCCUUUUCCCAGCAUCCUUUGUGCAGCUCAUGUAGACAAAAUCCAAACCACCACCCUGUAUUUCUGCAUGAAUUACAUCUUUCUCUCUUGAUUUGUUCUGUUCCUGACCACAGGGUUGCCAGAUCUGCUGCAAUGAAAAAAGAAGUACACCUGCUGGUUUUAAUGCGUCGUGUAUCUGAUUUUAACCUCAUACAGUCGGUCAGGUGUAGUGGAGUGUGUGAUAUGCAGAUUAGACGUAAACAGGAAAUUUACAGUCCAAAACUAUUAUUAUUAUUAUUAUUAUUAUUAUUAUUAUUAUUAUUAUUAGUGCUUUAUUGACUCCAUCAACAUUCUCAGAGGUGCAAUAAAGUGCGUUCUGCGCACCAGGUGUGUGUCGAUGUUACAUUUUCAUAUCAUGAUACCUGCACAAUAUUUUAUCGCGGUUUACGAUGUUAUCAAAUCAGUGCAUUUUAUUUUUACUAUAUUUUCAAAAAUAUAUAUCAUUUUUGGUUUUUUAAACAGAAUUACAAGAUAGCCGGACAAAUAUAAUGUCAACAUAUUGCCUUUUAACUGGGGUGCGCUUUGUUUUUAGGAGUUGAAACGCAGCAUAAAGUAACUGUACGUGUUAAAUAUCACUAUAUUCUAUAACUGCUUAUUGUCUGUGUGGAAAAAAAUCUAGAUUUGGCAACACAACCCGAACAUCGCAGUGCAAUAACUCACUGUGUGUAGUGCUGUUGUAGUAAAACAAUCAGUGAUGAAGCAGCGUUACUGUUACAGCCCCUAAAACAGCACAGCUCCAUGUGAUUUAUUCUUCUCAUACCACAGCAAUCCAUUACAUUUUUUAUUUAUUAAGAACAGUGCAUCAUACUUUUUUAUCCAUUUAUAGUUACAGUUCCUGUUCUCACUUACGUACAGCAGCCUCUGUUGAAAUUAAUAGCUGUUGCUAUAGAAACGGUAAUGUAUCACAACGAGAGCUUUACUACUAUCAGAGCAGGAAAUGAAUCAACACCUUCUGACCAAUCAGAGUCCAGGAUUCAGCAACGUUGUGGUACGAUGACCUCUUCAAUAUUUAUCCAUCUGUCUGGAAACAUAUCAUGAUUACGCUACAUUUUUAAAACCAAUGAAUGUUUUAUUUAGUGUUUAUAAAAAAAAAAUAAUAACCCGGUUAAGAAUCUAUAAAUUUUUGAAUUCAUGCUAAUUACUCUCAGUCAUUUGUAGCUGAGUGAUGGACAACUCUGAAUCAAAAAAGGGCGGAGCUUAGGUCAAAUUCGAUCAGCCAAUCACAAACUCGGUGAUAUGACAUCACAACAAUGUGAGCUAGCAUGCUAAGAGAAAUUAACAUUAGUGAGGCUAACUAGCACUAACUAGCAUAGCUAAUGUAUUGUAUAAGUAAAUACUGUCAUUUAUGCUUCAUGUAGAGCUAUAAAGAAAGGCUAGUGAUGAUGUCAUGUUAAAUUUGUUUAACUUAAGCUCCACCCCCUUUUGACCCGUCACUCAGUAAAAUCAGGGACAUGUGGGUAAAGCUGUGCUUUAGAAGCAGUGAUGGUGUGUGUGAUAUGUGAUGGUUGAUAGAAGAGCUAUUGAAGCUGUUUUAUUUUUUAAUGCAAUAUUUCAUGUUGCUAGCUCGGGGUCGUGUUUCAGAUUAAAAGCAUUGUGUACAGUAAAAAUGUUUUACAUUUAUAUCAGAAAAUAAACUGAAGCUUUAUCAGCAAAA